AUGUCUAAACGGCCGCUCGAGAGUUUUGAUGAACGACGUUUGAUGCUCAUGCUCAACGAUUUGGAUGCGAACAGAAACGUUGAGAGAGUUCUAAAAGAAAUUUCAAAACUGAAAAUACCAGAGUCGACAGCGAGAAACUUUCUUGUUAUCGAGCGUGUUUCUCAGUUCAAGGGCACUCCUGAUUUAGACAAACUAGUGGAUAUUGUAAUUCGUAAGAACAAGUACAUGGCGGAGGCCAAUGAAUGCAAGAAGGUCAGAUUUGCCGAGAAAACUAUCAAGGGAAUCGUCUCGGAGCCAGUUUCAGCUGAAUCCAUAGUUCUUUCUCCAACACCAGUGACUAUUGCGGAAACUGUUGUCCGAAAUAGUUCACCAACUAUACCUAAAAUUAACAAACCUACUCCAAUGUUGCCACUCAAGCCAGGACAAGGCAUCGAGCACAGUGACUUUUCCCCUUUUAAAAUUGUUAGAAGAGGAACGUCAUAUGCUCAAUUCCUUCAAGCACCAAACCCACCACCUCAACUUAAUGAGCCAAUCCCAUCAACCGUGCCCAAGGAAACGGUUCAAUUUGCAGUACCCGUGGGACCAGCACCCCGCCCAACUCCCCCAACUCUACCCGAAAUCCCAGAAAUCCCCAUUUCAUCAGUUCCAGCUAUCCUCCGUGGGAGACCGUAUCUUCGAAGGUUGUACCAACAAGUGGUUGCAGAGACUACUACCCUUGACCAAAUCAAGGAUGUCACUGUUGACCAGAUGUUGGAUGAGAUGAAUGUGCUCAACGGUCCUCACUUCCUUCUUCGCUUUUAA